GCCCCAAAAUCAAUCACUACCAGAAAAGGUAAAAUCCGAAACAGCCUCAAACCAACUCUCUCUUUCCAUUUCCUCUUCUCGUCUCUCUCUCUAAAACAUUUCUCGAACCUCACACACUCUCUCUAACAGAUCCAAAAAUGGCGGGGGCACCUUCAGCACGCGAAGAGAACGUGUACAUGGCGAAGCUGGCGGAGCAGGCGGAGCGGUACGAAGAGAUGGUGGAGUUCAUGGAGAAGGUCACGGCGGCGGCGGAGUCGGAGGAGCUGAGCGUGGAGGAGCGCAACCUCCUCUCGGUGGCGUACAAGAACGUGAUCGGCGCGCGACGAGCCUCGUGGCGGAUCAUAUCGUCGAUCGAGCAGAAGGAGGAGAGCCGUGGCAACGAGGACCACGUCGCGACGAUCCGCGAGUACAGAUCCAAGAUCGAGGCCGAGCUCUCGUCGAUCUGCGGCGGGAUUCUCAAGCUCCUUGAUUCCAGGCUCAUCCCCGCGGCCUCCUCUGGGGACUCCAAAGUCUUUUACCUGAAGAUGAAGGGCGAUUAUCAUCGCUAUCUCGCCGAGUUCAAGACCGGUGCGGAGCGCAAGGAAGCAGCCGAGAGCACACUCACUGCAUACAAAUCGGCUCAGGAUAUUGCAAAUGCAGAACUUGCUCCAACGCAUCCAAUCCGGCUUGGACUUGCCCUUAACUUUUCUGUGUUCUACUAUGAAAUUCUGAACUCUCCUGACCGGGCUUGCAACUUAGCAAAACAAGCUUUUGAUGAAGCAAUUGCUGAGCUGGAUACCUUAGGGGAAGAGUCUUACAAGGAUAGCACUUUAAUUAUGCAACUUCUUCGGGACAACCUCACUUUGUGGACCUCAGACAUGCAGGAUGAUGGAGCCGACGAGAUUAAAGAGGCUGCCAAGCCUGAAGAUGGACAGCAGUGAGGGAAGGGGCAACUGACCCUCUAAUUAGGAUUUCACUUCUCCUCUGGUGAUUUUUAUUCGGAGAAGGGGCUUGUUUUAUUGUUGUCCUGAUAGGGGCACUGAAUGUUGGUGCUCCGUCCUUAGUUUUCAUUUUUUUUUUUGGUUUUUUUUGGUGGUUUUGAAUGUUUUUAUUAUUUUGUUAAGUCUGCAUUUUUAAGAUAACGGGUGUAUUAAAAUCCUUAUUUCAAUAGUGAACUUGUUAAUUCCAUUUUUCUCA